CCCACAGAUGUGUGGGUGUCACUUCCCACAGCGCCACUUAGACCUGCUGUAAUAAAUGAGAAGUGCUGCUGAUGUGAGCUCCACUGGUUAGCAGCGUCUCCACGGAUUGGAUGUGGAGAUGGAGAGCCCUGAAGGCCUCUGCCCGCUCACUCCUCUGCAGCGCCGCGCGCCCUCGGAUGCUGCGCUUCCGCUCGUCCCUGCCUCUGCUGCACAGCCGCAGUUUCUCCCGGACGCAGGGAGACGAGCUGACAGACAGAAAAAUGGCCCUUGACAAUUUGAUCUUCGCCCAGUGCAUCCUGUACUUCCUCGCCUUCGUGUUCGGCUUCAUCGCCGUGGUGCCGCUGUCGGAGAACACGGAGGACUUCGGGGGGCGAUGCCUGCUGUUCACGCGCGGGAUGUGGCAGAACGAGAACAUCACCGUGUCCAAGCAGCGCUUCRUCGUGGAGGAGUGGGGUCCCGAGUCCUGCUGCAGCUUCACCACUUUCGUCGGGAUAGCGUCUCUUGUCUUGUCCGCAGUGCAGGCGUGGAGGCUGCUGUUCUUCUUGUGCAAAGGACACGAUGACUCGUUUUUUAAUGCCUUCCUCAACCUGAUGAUCAGCUCCCUGGUGAUGUUCACCAUCUUCCUGUCCAGCACCAUCGUCAGCGUGGGCUUCAACCUGUGGUGUGAUGCCAUCACCGAGGGCGGGACCAUGCCAAACAGCUGYGAAGAACUCCAGGACACGGAUCUAGAACUGAACCUGGACAACUCUGCGUUCUAUGACCAGUUUGCGAUAGCUCAGUUCGGUCUGUGGGCUGCGUGGCUCAGCUGGCUUGGGAUCACAGUGUUGGCCUUCCUGAAGGUCUACCACAACUACAGACAAGAGGACAUGCUGGACUCCCUGAUCCAUGAAAAAGAGCUGCUGCUUAGCCGCUCCUCGCGCCGCGGCUCCGACCCGGGCCUGAUCUAGAACCUGUCUUCACUCAGUCCGACUCAGCCCCGCAGUCCUGCCUGCCAUGAUGACAAACACUGAUGCUUGCCCRUGGAGACAAAUCAAAUCCAGUUUUCAGUUUUGCUUCUGCUUCCAUUUUUAAUUUACCCCCCACCCCGUGGAUCUCAUCAGUUGGAUGAUUUUAGCACUUUUCUAYAGAUACAGUAUAACUGAAGAUCUGCUGAUAGUGAAACCUGCUAAGUGUGCAUCCCACCAACAUAAUACACAACCCCAACUUUUACUAAAUAGAGUUGAGUUUUUCUUAAAUUCCUAGUAUUUAGCCACACAGUGUUAAACAGAUAGUCUUGUCUUUUUAAAAAAAAUAUUUUAUCAAAUCAUUUUUUAUUUUUAGUAACUUAUAAGUGUUGAUAAACAAGGCAAAAGUCUUCAUCCAGGCUAGGCUUAUGCCAUUUUUUUUUGUAGUUUUUCAGAUUUCUACAACGGCUCUUUCUCAAAAACGAUAMACUGAUGUGAAAGAGCGCUAUAUUAGCUAAGAUUAAAGCUUUCCACCCAAACAAAAGUGUUGUUUUAUAAACCUGAAACUGAUCAACAACAGGCCCUUGUUUGGCUAGCCUUUAGCCUAGCCUGGAUGAAGACUUCUGCAUGAGUUUAGAAAUGACCAGACUAUCCCUUUAAUGAUGGCAAAUGAGUCAUAUUUUCUCCUUAGCAUGAACUUAACGCAUGCCAAAUUAGCGAGUGGGCUUUUCGAUGUUAAGAGGUGUUAUUUUAUCUCCUACACAAAGAAAUGUGCUCCUGCAGGGAAGGAAGGCUUACGACUGAACAGAAAAAAUGAUGCAUCUUCUUGGUGGAGUGAAAAUGAUUUGCAUGCUGGAGCAAAGUAGAACAAGGUGUGCCUUUGCAGCACGCAACUGCUACAAAAGGUGCUUUAUAAAAGUGACAGAUUGCAGCUCGGAACAUUAAUGUAUUCCACAGCUAGUCCAAAAAAGCUUUUAGCAUUUAGAGUGAGAUAAAAAAAACAACAACAUUAUGUACAUUAUAGUGGCUCAGGCUUCUUCCUUAUAGGCUACAAAUAUAUUCUGCUGCUGUGACAUACAGAUCUGUAUGCAUGCAUCUCUUUGUUACAUUAUAUUGUCAGAAGGAGAACAGGCUUGACUUUGAUAGGCAAUGACAGUUUUAUUAAAAUCCACAGAAAUCAUAAAAACUAGAACUAAAAAUAAAAUAAAUAAACAACCUUCCAUAAAGGCACUUCUUCCAAAGUGACCAUAAAUGUUUGGACAGCAGUGAAAAGUGUUCACAUACAGGACAUCAGUUUACUAGGAGUUGUUUUUAUUGCUAAUGACCAUUUUGAUUGACAGUACAGAGUUAUCUAUGGUUCCUCUGUUCAGGCCUUUAUUAAACUURUAUUGCUUUGAAAUUCAAAUGUGAGAUCUCUACAAUCAAACACUUUGGAGUUCCCUGAAACCUGCUGCUGCUCUGAUGGAAAACUGUGUCAUGUGUGUUAUUGCUCUUAAUGAGAGGUAUGUCAGAUGUGCAUCGCUGUGCCCCGUCGGGCUCCAUCUGUGUGGUAGUUUGGCUGUUUUCAUUUUAUUUGCUUCAUCUUAUAAAGGGACUCAUACAUACAAUAAAUUCAACAUCUGGUCCUGUUA